AGCGAGGCCGGUCCGUCAGCAGCAUCACAACACUGCCGCUUUGUUCGAGGCGCAGAAAGCAACGCACUUGGUCUUCGAUGAAGUGUGUAUGAAACCAGGCCAAUGUCCGCUAUGGUGUAUCCACGUGAAGAAGCCCUGGAGCGACUGAGUCAGGAUGAGAUCGUCCUCAACACCAAGGCCGUCAUGCAGGGCCUGGAGACGCUGCGCGGCGAACACGCCCAGCUCCUCAACUCGCUGCUGGACUGCACCCAGCCACCCGCCGCCCAGGAGAAAUCUGGGCUGCUUCGCAAGAGCAUGGAGGCCAUCGAGCUCGGCCUGGGAGAGGCACAGGUGAUCAUCGCCCUGUCCAGCCACCUGAGCGCGGUGGAGUCGGAGAAGCAGAAGCUGCGGGCUCAGGUGCGUCGGCUCUGCCAGGAGAACCAGUGGCUGCGGGACGAGCUGGCGGGAACGCAGCACAAGCUGCAGCGCAGCGAGCAGAGCGUGGCCCAGCUGGAGGAGGAGAAGAAGCACCUGGAGUUCAUGAACCAGAUCAAGAAGUUCGACGACGACGUCUCGCCCUCGGAGGAGAAGAGCCAGAGCUCCGGGGGCGGAGGAGGUGGAGGAGACACUUCAAAGGACAGUCUGGACGACUUGUUCCCCAACGACGAUGACCAGGGACCAGCCCAGCCCAGCGGAGAGGUGGCGGCCCAGCAGGGAGGCUACGAGAUCCCGGCCCGCCUCCGGACGCUCCACAACCUGGUGAUCCAGUACGCCUCUCAGGGGAGGUACGAGGUGGCGGUGCCGCUCUGCAAACAGGCCCUGGAGGACCUGGAGAAGACGUCCGGACACGACCACCCAGACGUGGCCACCAUGCUCAACAUCCUGGCUCUGGUGUACAGGGAUCAGAACAAGUACAAAGAAGCGGCUCACCUCCUGAAUGACGCGCUGGCCAUCAGGGAGAAGACGCUGGGGAAGGAUCAUCCAGCUGUGGCCGCAACCCUCAACAACCUGGCUGUGCUGUACGGGAAGAGGGGGAAGUACAAGGAGGCCGAACCUCUCUGCAAGAGAGCGCUGGAGAUCAGAGAGAAGGUGUUGGGGAAGUAUCACCCGGAUGUAGCCAAGCAGCUGAACAACUUGGCCCUGCUGUGUCAGAACCAGGGCAAGUACGACGAGGUGGAGUACUACUACAGACGGGCCCUGGAGAUCUACGAGUCCAAACUGGGAGCCGACGACCCCAACGUGGCCAAGACCAAAAAUAACCUGGCUACCUGCUACCUGAAGCAGGGGAAGUUCAAAGACGCUGAGUCUCUGUACAAAGAGAUCCUGACCAGGGCACACGAGAAGGAGUUUGGAUCCGUCAACAAUGACAACAAGCCGAUCUGGAUGCACGCAGAGGAGAGAGAGGAGAGCAAGGGUAAGCGCAAGGACUCUGGCCCGUAUGUGGAGUAUGGCAGCUGGUAUAAGGCCUGCAAAGUGGACAGCCCCACCGUGAACACAACCCUCAAAAGCCUGGGAGCUUUGUACCGUCGCCAGGGCAAACUAGAGGCGGCAGAAACUCUGGAGGAGUGCGCCAGCAAGUCACGUAAACAGGGUAUCGAUGCCAUUAACCAGAGUAAGGUGGUGGAGCUGCUGAAGGACGGGGGAGCCGGAGGGGGAGACAGACGACACAGCAGGGAGGGAAGUAACGGACCAGGGGGACAGCGGGGGGAGAGCGAGGGCGACGACCCUGCUGAGUGGAACGGGGACGGCAACGGGUCUCUGCGUCGCAGCGGCUCCUUCGGGAAGAUUCGUGACGCCCUGAGGAGGAGCAGCGAGAUGCUGGUGAAGAAGCUGCAGGGGAGCGGACCUCAAGAACCCCGCAACCCAGGAAUGAAGAGAGCAAGCUCCCUCAACUUCCUCAACAAGAGCACUGAGGAGACCACACAGGACACAAAUCCCGGACUCUCGGACUGCAGGGGACUGAGCGCCAGCAACGUGGACCUAUCCAGACGCAGCUCCCUGAUUGGCUAGUCCGAGACAGGAGGUGGGACUCAGGAGACACAAAGCGGCCCGGCGAGGAGAGGCUGUCUGCAGCUCGGUUUGAUUCAACAAAACACAAUUAGAGCUCAAAGCAAGAUCAAACAUUUGCACUUGCAGCAUAUUUUUUAAAGAACUCUGGGGGAAAAAAAAUAAAAUAAAAAUUGCCACGCUAAACGUCAUCCUGUAAAACACGGCCACCGUCGCCACCGCCUCGCUGUACAAACCGCUGCCAUCAAUCACAAAAGAGAAUAUUUAGAUACACAUUAAUCAGCAUGCUGCUUACUAGAACGUGGAAUGUCUGCACCUGAACGCCUCGUGUUUUUGACUCAUAGCUCCGUAGCAAAGCGUCGUAAUCCACAUCGUGAUGAGUCCGUUUCCUCGAAUAUACACCAUGUGCAGACACUCAACCUUAGGUAGGCUAAAUGUACUCCGGUUUCAGUUCAGAGAGCUUUGCACUCUGUAUAUUUCACCAGUAGCAUGAAGUAUUUACUGAUGCUGAAGGCCCAUCGACUGCAUAUCACAGAUGGUUAAAAAAAAUGGUACGAUCCGCUUUGAUUUUAACAGGGAGAGCAGAGGCAUAAAAGAGAAUAAGUAUUCUUUGGGGAUUUUCAAAAAAACAUUAGCACUAACCAUUUAAACCUCACUUCUUGCCUUCUUGUUUUUUUUAUGUAUAUACAGUUUUAAAUUAUUCGAUAUUUCAUUCUUUGUAUAUAGUGCACUUUUGUUUCUUUUUUCUGUUUACACUAUCGGGUUAAAGAAGGUCUCAGUUGGAGAAAAUACUACUGAUCUGAAAGGGGAGGACGGGGAAAAAAGGAAAGGAAGAGAGGGAGUAAAAGAAGGAAAGAUGGUAGGGAAUAUUGAAAUGGAUGUCAAUGAAAAAGUUUGAAAAUGCUGAUGAAUUUAGUACCUCAAUUUCCUAAUUCUGCUGUCAUUUUGAACAAUGUUUCAGUCCAAAAUGGAAUAAUGCACUUUGAGCGUGACAAUAGUACGGUAGUUUCCACUGCGUCCUCUACUGAUCAAGAUCAUCAUUUUCAAAUUUGUUUUUUGGUCGUUCUUUUGAGAAACAAAAAUGAAAAAGGGUCAGAAAGUUUAUUUGAAAUUUUAAAUAACAAAUAAACCUCAAACCCUACUAAAUACUACCUACUGUAUGUGGUACAACCCGGAAGUAAAAUGAAACACAACAAUCGUUACUUUCAGGUACCUUUUCCUCACGUGGGAUUUCCAGGCUUACAGCCAUAAGUCUGAAUGUUAUGAAGGAAAAUUAAAAAUGUGAAAGAGAGAUUUAAAUUCCAUUUGUUUACAAUCAUUAAAUCAGGAUAUUCAAGGAAUCAUCAACACUCAUUAAGAAUAUGAGUAACUAUCUUAUCUUAUCAAAGCCGAUGCAGUGCAUCAGCUGCAAUAUGUUUACUUUCAUUAACGGGAUUUCUCUUGUGAAUUUGUUUCUUCCUUCAUUUACUGUUGCUGUAUAUGUAACAUUUUGUAUGAAACGAUGCUCAGUGGGACGUUUUCAAUGCUGACCAGGAUGGACGUCAUCAGUCGUAAUCAAACAAUCGUAGAAACCUGACUGUCGGACAUCCGUUGAAUUUCUUUGUUUUUUCCUGUUUUGGAUCUGAGCUUUUAUUUUGAAAGUACUGAACACUGAUUAUUUGAAUGUUAGAUUUCAUGUCGAUUGUAGGGUCUGGUGACAUUUACACUGGAUCUGUUUUUUUUGUUUGUUUGUUGUUGUGCUGUUUGCAAACUCCACCAAAAUAUGACCAGUACCAAGAGAACUGUCCACAGAAUGUACACGUCUUAUUAUGAGAAGUCAAAAACGGGCUCGCCAUCACUUCUUCACCUGUGAUCAGAUCGUCAAGAAAUCUUUUUUUUUUUUUUUUUUUUGGCUUUAUUUGUAUGUUUUCCAUCUCAACAAUUAUCUAAUACAAGAAAGCCAAAAAACAACUUUUGUUCUUGACAACUUGAGUUUAAUUUCAAAGAAUGUUUGUGAUGAAGGCCUUUUGUCAACGACGGUGCAUGUACACCAUCACCAUACACCUAAAAAAACCUUAUGUCACCCUUUCGAUGAAAUCCCCUUUCGAUGAAGUGACAUCACCGAGUCUGAAAAAGUGCUAACUAUUCUAUCAGCUUCUGAAUGUGCGAGGUGGAGCAGGGUUUGGAUCAUAAUGAAGGAAAGGAGGAGUAAAGGAAGUGUGUGCGUUUAAAGCAGGAAGGAGUCGGUGUUCCUAAAGAAGUCAUGGGAAGUGUUUUGGAAAAGACGUUGCGGGAGGAGAAGUGCUUUAAAUGUCGUUCGCAGCAAAUAAUGUACAGAAUUAUCCGUGUAUACGACCUUUAUAUGUAAACUGUAUGUCACUUGUUCACAUAAUGAUGAUAGGAAUUCCUUUAAUCACACACGCAAUGUCGACACCACGUAGCUGUGUACAGAAGUUAGUGCAACACUGAUUUGUAGUUUAAAAAAAACUCAUACACACAAUACUGUAGGACCAAUACUAAGCAUCCUUUAGUGUAUUAAUUAUUGCUUAGUUUCAGGAAUGUCUCCACUAUCUCUGACUAUUAAUCACAAACUCCGUAAAUAUAUGAACAUUAAUACAAUAAUGUUGCUCAUUAAAACAGCUGAGAGGGAAAAAAAUACAAAACUGCUACUGGUUUGAUCCAAAGCUUCAAAGACAAAUCAGAUCUUCUGUUUCUCACGAUGUCCAGAUAUUUAAGGAGAUCAGCUCAGAGCCACGGAUGGUAAAUGUUCUAAGGGAUGAAGGCCUUGUAUAUGUGUGGGGACGCUUUAUUCCAGCUCCUGUAUUGUUGGGGAGUUGAAGGAUCUUAUUGUGAAGGGGCCAACCUCAAUGUGUAUUUUAUCAAAGGUUCAAUAAAUACAAA